AUGAUACAAAUAUCUAUUAUUAUUAGUUUGAUCGGAUAUGCUGUAACUUUAUUUAUGAUACCUUCUAUCAAGGGUUUGAAUGAAAAAGCUGGCUUGGCUGGAAAGGAUUUGAAUAAGGGCGAAGAAGGAGCUAAAACUAAAGUACCAGAAUCACUGGGUAUUGUUCCGGGAGUUGUUUAUAUUGUUUGUGUUUGUUUCAUCCAAGAAAUGUUCCAAGACAAGGCCCAACAUGAUCUUUAUAUUGCUGGAUUAUUCUGUACUUGUUUUAUGCUUUUCCUUGGAUUUGCUGAUGAUGUAUUGGAGUUAAAAUGGCGUUACAAAUUGAUUCUCCCAACUCUCGCUGCUCUUCCUCUCCUCACAACUUAUUCUGGAUUGACUUCAGUAGUCAUUCCAAAGCCUUUGAGAGCAUUCCAAUUCUUUGAAAGUAUUGCCACAACUGUUGGAGACAAUUAUUGGAUGUUGGAACUUGGUAUCCUUUAUAAGGUUUAUAUGUGUUUAGUUUCAGUCUUUUGUACAAAUACUAUCAAUAUUUUGGCUGGUAUUAAUGGAUUGGAAGUUAGUCAAUCUAUUGUCAUUGGUCUCUCAAUUUUAUUACAUAACUUUGUUGAAUUUGAAGCUGGAAAUGAACAACACUUAUUCUCCAUUGUUUGUAUCAUUCCAUUCAUUGCUGUAAGCUUUGGAUUAUUGUACUAUAAUUGGUAUCCAAGUGAAGUCUUUGUUGGUGAUACCUAUACUUAUUUUGCUGGCAUGAUUCUUGCUGUUACUGGUAUCAUGGGUCACUUUAGUAAGACUUUGAUGCUUUUCCUCAUUCCACAAAUAUUGAACUUUUUAAUAUCCACUCCACAACUGUUCGGAAUAAUACCUUGUCCUAGACAUCGUAUUCCUAAAUUCAAUCAAGCUACAGGAAAAUUGGAAAGUAGUAAGAAUUGGACACUUUUGAACUUGAUUUUGGAAAUUACUGGACCAAUGAAAGAGAGCACACUCACCAUUAUUAUGGUUAUCUUCCAAGUAACAUGUUGUGCUAUUGGAUUUUUCAUUCGUUAUCGUUUGAGUACUUAUUAUUAUGAUUAA